AUGAGGAUUUAUCACCCUAAGCGCCGCUCAAGAUCUCCAUUCAGCUCUUCCAGACGAAGUCGGCGUACACGAGAGAGACGCCAACGUUCGGCAACUCCUCAGCGUCAUAGACGCGAAAAACGAUAUAAUGAUUCUCCAGGGCACCGUCGAGGAAAUUGGAGAUCGAGAUCUCACUCGAGAUCACUUUCCCCUCAUGUAGAAAACUCACGUGAAAAAUCAAAUUCCCCACCCGACUGGCGCAAACAGCGGGAACUCGAUCAAAGAAAGCAAUUCAGGCCAUACGAAACGGAUUAUCAGACUUCGAAAUACUGGGAGCGUCGCCGGGCAGUGAGGGAUCGUGCUGGUGCAGAGCCCAACAUCAUUGUAUGGGCUAGAACGCCUCCACAGCCAUAUCAAGAAGAAGUUCUACCUGAGGGACCAACAAUCAAUUUAGCUACUCUUAAUGGCGAGCAAACUUCCGAAGAGUUGCAAACCAGUGAUAAUCUGGUUGGGAAAACUCCUCCCCUAAAUGGUAAUUCUUCACCCCCCUCUUUAUCUUCGUCCCCAUCAUCUCCCUCAUCCUGCUCCAGCGAUAGUAGUUACAGAUCAUCUUCCAGCCGUACUUCUAGUCAGGACAGAGGCAAGAAUACAUCUAAGAAGUCCAAAAAGUACGAAUCUCAUAAGCAUACAAGAAAGAGCGGCAAAAACAAGAAAACGAAACGACAUUCUAAACACAAGAAACACGAUAGGCAUUGCUCUUCCUCUAGCAGCAACGGAUCCUCCACUAGUGACUCAGAUGACUCUGAGCAAUCGUCUACGGAAGAGGACACCGAUGAUGAGCAGAAGCAGUUUAUUCGUCAGAUGAAACAAAAGAAGCGUGAGUUGGAGCGCUUGCGAGCCGAGCAGCAGGACACGAAUGAGUGUAUCGGUCCUGUCUUGCCCUCUGCUGAUAACUCUGCUUCCAGAUUGCCGCUCGAUUAUGGCAAGGCCCUCCUUCCUGGUGAGGGUGCUGCAAUGGCAGCUUACAUCGCUGAGGGCAAGCGUAUUCCCAGGCGUGGUGAAAUAGGGCUAACUUGCGAUGAAAUCGAAAAAUAUGAGGCUGCCGGCUUUGUUAUGUCAGGUAGUCGGCACCGACGCAUGGAGGCCGUGCGUUUGCGUAAAGAAAAUCAGAUUUACUCUGCGGAUGAAAAACGGGCCCUCGAACACUUCAACCAUGCUGAGCGGGCAAAACGAGAAGCAAAGUUACAGGCCCAGUUUAAGGCCCUCAUUAAGCGAAAGCUGGAGGAUAAGCAGAGUGUUCACUAA